AUGACGGAACAACAGCUGGAUUGUGCAUUAGAUUUGAUGCGAAGAUUGCCACCCCAGCAAAUAGAGAAAAACUUAAGUGAUCUUAUAGAUAUUGCUCCAGCGUUAUGUGAGGAUCUUCUUUCAUCUGUGGAUCAGCCAUUGAAAGUAGCUCGAGAUAAAAUUGCUGGUAGAGAUUAUCUUCUCUGUGAUUACAAUAGAGAUGGUGAUUCUUACAGGUCUCCCUGGAUAUCGGAAAUGUACUUUGAGGGCGGAGUAUCUUCAGUCUACCUCUGGGAUUUGGACCAUGGUUUUGCUGGUGUUGUAUUGAUUAAAAAAGCUGGUGAUGGUUCUAAGAAGAUCAAAGGUUGCUGGGAUUCCAUACAUGUGAUGGAAGUACAGGAAAAAUCCAGUGGUAAAACGGCACAUUACAAGUUAACUUCCACUGUAAUGCUGUGGCUGCUAACCACAAAAGAAGGCUCUGGAACCAUGAACUUGGGAGGAAGCCUCACCAGACAGAUAGAAACUGAUGCCCCUGUAGGUGAAUCUUCACCUCAUAUUGUGAAUAUAGGCAAAAUGAUUGAGGACAUGGAAAAUAAAAUUAGAAAUACACUUAAUGAAAUUUAUUUUGGCAAGACAAAGGACAUUGUAAAUGGGCUGAGGUCGGUGAUGCCUCUUCAAGAUUAUAAGCAGGCAGAAGCUUUACGUAAUGACUUAGUAAUGGCCCUACAGAAACGUCCACAGGCUCAAUGA